ACUACUAAGGAUUGUUCAGGCCUUCAGAAAGAUCUUGACGAGAUGAAGAUUAAAUGUAAGGAUUCUUACAAAGUAGCGAAGGAUAAUAUUGAUGGUCUUAAAAGCCAACUGGAUGAUCUUUUUAAACAAGUCAGUGCCACCAAGAGUCCAGCCAAGGAUGUCUUAAACAUUCUCCAGAAAGUCAUCGACCUACAGGAGAUGGAUGCGAUAACGAACACUGAGAGAGAUGGCGCAAGGAUUGAAAGACUGGAGAAGCGUCGAAAGGAAGCAGAGAGAGACUUGUCAGAGAUGAAGAAAGAAUUUUCGGGAAGUGUUGAAAUUUUCAAGCGUGCAGUUUCACAGAUAAGCUCAGAGACAUUGAAAAGUGAUAAGGCAACAUCAACCCCUCUUAAUGAAUUAAAGAAAUACCUGGAAGACAAGCUCAAACAACCAGGGGAACAAGGUGGCAUUGCAAAGCAAGUACUGCAGAUUGUUACAUUGCAAAUAGAAGCAAUAGAACUAAAGACACGUCUCUCUGGUAAAUAUAAGAGGCAAGUGCAGAUGGAUGGAAUUAUAAGCAAACUGGAGCGCAAAAGUGGCCUUCUGUCAGAUUUGAAAGAGGAGCGAGAAGAGAGGAGAGAAAAUAUACAAAAAAUUGAUAAACUCAUUGCAACACUGGAGAAAGAAAUAUUGGACCUGAAUGCUGAAUUAUCAGCACUUAAACAAACACUUGCUCAACUUCUUGGACAGACAAAUACAUUUGAUGGGAAAAGAACUGAAGUAAUUGAUCAAAUUGCCAAAUUGAAGGGAAAAGAUGAGUUAAUUUCUAGAAUUCUUACACUCCAGUUUGAAUUUAUGGAGGCGCUAAUCACUGCACAGGGACAAAAGCAAGCAGACGAAUUUAAGAUAGCUGAUCUACAGAAAGAGCUUAAAAAGGAACAGGACAGGGCACUUUAUCUGCAUUCUGACAACAAACGUUUACACAGAAAGCUGAUUGACCAGACAGAACAAUGCGAAGACCUGAUGAAUAUGUAUAUGGAUACAGAAACUGAACUGGAUGCUCAAGUAAAUAAAAUAACAGAUUCAACCUCAAAGACAGCCAUCCAGAUUAUUUUGCUGAGCUUUGAAAUAGACCAAUUAACGAAACAAAUUAAAGCAUCUUCAUCUAAUGAUGAUUUGAAGCGAAUACGGGAUGAAAAACUCAAAGAACUGAAGGCGAAAAAGGAGGAACUUCAGAAAAGUGACGCUAGCUUUGAGAAAAUUCUUAAGGUGAUAUCGCAGAUGGAGGAAAUCUGGAAGCUACAGAACAAAGAUCCAGAUAACUUGAAUCAAAUCAGCAAUCUGCAGAAGGAUCUCUUGAAAUUGAUUACAGAAUUAGAUGAUAAAAUGUCUGCAAAACCAAUGCUGAAAAUCAUGGCUCUCCAGUCUGAUGUAACCUGGAUAAGGGAAAUGCUGAAAACAGUGACUACACAGGCUGAGAUGAAGAAAAUUGAGCUCCAAAAAGCACUGGAUGACGUGGAACGUAUGCUGAAGGAAAAAAACAAAGAGCUGGCUGCUGCGACCGGUGACAUCAGUCAGUUACAGAGAGACAUUGUUCUUCUGAAGAAAGAAGUUUCGAUGCUGAAAAUGGAAAAGGACACAGUUGAACAGACUGCAAAGCAGAGGAUUAAAGAUCUUGAAGAAAAACUAAAAGAGAGUAACAAAGCAUUGGAUGAUGCAAAUAAAACUCUGAAAGAGAAGAAUGCUACACUAUCACAACAAAUUACAAAGAUCAACAAUCUCAUAGACGAAGUGAGAACCUUGAAACAGCAAGAAAAAGAAAAAGAAUCGCAAGUAAAUGCUAGAAUAGCUGAACUUGAAAGGAAACUGAUGAAGACGGAGGAAGAAAAUGCCAAAAUUCGUGACGAUAAUGAAAAGCUGAAAGAAAAUUGUGUGGACACCGAUUAUUGCCCUGAACUCCAGGAGAAAUAUAAAGAAAUGCAGGCUGAAUAUAACGAUACCAUUUCUAAACUGAACGAUGUACUUCUUCAGAAGGUUUUUAUCAUUAAAAAUCUAAUCGAUGAAGUGGAGUAUCUGGAUAAGAAAGCUGCACAAGGAUUAGGAGGGAUGGAAGAACUGGAAGAAAAGAAAAAAGAAUUGGAGAAGGCAAUGCAGCAAUUGAAGGCAGAGGGAUCCAUAUCAGCCAAAACUCUGGAUGUACUUCAGUUACUAACUGAGAUAUGGAAGCUGCAAGAAAAUCCAACUGUGGAGAAUUCAGAAAAGAUUCGGCAACUGGAAGCUAAAUUAAAUGGUUUGCUGACUGAGUUGCAAAACUCUGGAGAGAAGGGGCUUGAACUAACCUUGAAGAUGAUUUCUAUAAAGGAAUCAAUGUCCAGACUAAAACAAGCACAAGGAAAAAUGCAAGAGGAAUACAAAAGAGAAAUCAAUGGUCUAAAGAAGCAAAUAGAGGACAACGAAAAAGAGAUUUUGCUUUUGAAGGCUAACUGUGAUCAGUCCACUCAGCUGAAGGACAGGAUACAACAACUAGAGAAGGCGGCUAAGGAAAGGCAAAAAAAUUUGAAAAAACUACAACAAGAAUCAAAAGAUAAGAUUGCAGCGCUAGACAAACAAAUUAAAACAAAGGACCAGCAGCUGGCAAACACUGAAGAUAAACUCCGGGAGACAAAUGCUGAAAAUGCUGAUUUGGUCAAAAAGCUGAACAGUCUGAAUGAUGACAAAAAGAAAAUCACAGAGGAGAAAAAUAAUGCACUACAGAAAGCAAAAGAAGAAAUCGGCGGUUUAAAUGAGAAAUUGCAAAAACUGGAAAAUGCGCUUGCUAAACAGGACCUGGACCUGAAGGAGAAGGAUGAUACCAUUGCUAGAUUGAAAGAGCUCCGUGACAAUAUGGAGAGCGAGCUUGAAAAGGCGAAGAAGAAAAAUGGAAAACUAGUGACAGAACUUAAAACAAAGGACCAGCAACUUGCUAAAACUGAAGCCAAACUUAAGGAGAUAAAUCAAGACUUAAUUCGCAAGCAGGACGAACAUGAAAAGGAACUAAGAAAAAUCAUAGAGGAGAAAAACAUUUUGCAAAACAAAUCACAGGAAGAAAUCUCUGAUUUAAAAAAGACACUGAAAGCACAAAAACAAGACCUUGCUAAGAAGGACCAGAAACUCCAGGAUAAGGACAAAGAAGUUGCUGAAUUUCAAAAGAAGAUAAAACAAGAGAAAGAUAAAUUCAAUGGUGUGGUCAGUGAGAAUGAGAAACUUAGACAACAACUGGAUGAGACUAAACAGAGAGUGGAUGAACUUGAGAAAACUAUAGAAGAAAAAAAAGAACUUCCUAAGGAAGAAUGGCCGAAGUUUGACGCAAACACUGCCCACCGCAGACUCAUCUUGUCGCAUGAUGAGAAAGAGGCACGCACCUCUUUAUUGGCUCAGCCUGUACCUGACACCCCUGAGCGCUACGACACAGCUAUUGCAGCUCUGGCAAAAGACGGAUAUAAUUCUGGAAAACAUUACUGGGAAAUUGGGGUGUUUGGAAGAAAUUGUUAUGUUGUGGGAGCGGCCAAAUCGUCCGCUCAGAGAAAAGGUAUUCUGACAUAUGGCCCUUCGGCUGGCCAUUGGGUUAUUCUGAAGAAAAGAGAUGGAACACUUUUUGCCAUUGCAGACAAGCAGAUUCAAAUAAACGUUCAUAAAACACCUUCUGUAAUUGGGGUCCAGGUGGAUUUUAAAAAUAAAGAGGUAACUUUUUAUGAUGCAGAAAAUAAAUAUGAAAUCUAUAGGUUCACUGGCAAUGAGCUGCAGGGUAAAAUUUACCCAUAUAUUGAGACCUGCAGUGAUUCUAAUAUUCUUGACCCUCCCUUGAUCUUAAAGCAAGUUAAAUCCAUAGAUUGGCUCAAGCAAUGAUCUCCAUAUAUUAGGAGUCUGUUAUGUAUGCAAAGAAAAUGCCCUCUGCUUUGAGAUUUCGGAUUGUUACGACUCUCAACUGCAUUCUUGAAUGUCUUGCAUCUUUCAUUUUAAUAAAACAUUUACAUUUGAAAAACAA